AUGUCUGCUGCUCAAACUAAAGCUGAGGGUAUCAUUGCCGAUAAUGUUGUUGCCGUCUUCAGCAAAUCCUACUGCCCAUACUGCAACGCUACCAAGAAGCUUUUGAACGAUAUGAAGGCCAAGUAUUUCGCUAUUGAAUUGGAUCAAGUUGACGACGGAUCCGAAAUGCAAUCCUACCUCAAGCAAAAAUACAACCAAAGUUCCGUCCCCAACAUCUUCAUCAACAAGAAACAUGUCGGUGGAAACUCUGAUUUGCAAUCUAAGGAUAAGAAGAAGUUGGAAGCGGAAUUGAGAGAGUUGAAUGCCAUUGAGGGUUAA